GAUAUCGAUGAAUGUCAAGAUGGAGUCCAUGAUUGCCUUCCUAGUGUGGCUUCCUGUGUAAAUACAUUGGGUUCGUUUAAUUGUUCUUGUAACCAUGGAUACAUAGGAGAUGGAAAAACCCUUUGCACAAAGGCACCAGGUAAAAUCGGCUUUAAAAAGUUUUUUAGCUAUGUUAAAAGUACGUAUCAUUAAGGCAGUUACAGCAAUAUUUUGUACAAUAGCAAAAGUAAUUAAUCAACCAUAGACUUCAAUUUUUUACUCGAUAUACUUUACUUUACAGCUCUCCGGGAUGGGCAUAAAAAAGGCUGAAAUACUGGGUCCAUCAGCCACGAAACAAGACCAAGACAAGGCAAAAAAAUUCUAACAAGCAAUAUUAUUUGGCUGAAUCCGCAAGCGGGAAAAAUGAAGCGAAUUCUGUGUUCUGAUCGGCUACCCGAGCAGGCAAGAUGAGCCAAACGGAUUUCCUGCGUUCGUUCCGCAAGAAAAAAUUCUCUUACUGACCAAACUUGUUCGGUCAAGAUGGCUGGAUAUUAAUCUCGUUCUCUUUUGCGUUGUUAUUGACCUCGAAUUUGUCUCGGUUCACAAAAACGCAAAAAAGAAAUUGGUCAAUAACACAUGUAUAUUGACAAUCCCUGCAUGGCAAAUUGUGGUUAGAAAAAUAUUUAUGGCUAACUUUUAUUACGACUUCAGGUUUCUAAUCAAUAAACUCAUUAUUCUUUUUAGAAUGUUAUAACUUCACAUCUCUGACCGAUGCUGACAGGAAACCAUCAUUUCAUCUGGUUGAACCCGCUAAACGUGACACUAAUCUCGGUCCAGGAUGGUUUCGUUUCCAAGGCGACGCAGGUAGUAUGAUGACUACUUCAUGUCCGCCUACAGAGAAAUGUAACACCGCUGCACCCGGGUGGUUAAAUGGUACGCAUCCUGACGUAGCCGAUGGUAUUGUCACAAGACAAGUCUGUUUUAGUUACAUUGCAGGAUGUUGUAAGUGGCAAACCCACAUCCAAGUGAGGAAUUGCAGUGAAUACAUUGUAUACUAUCUUCACAGUACACCACAUCCUGGAGGUUAUCUCCGCUACUGCGGCAGUGACUAA